UGCGUUUCUCCGUCCUGCCGGCGCUGAAGGCAAUGGCGGCAGUGGAAGGUUCUGUGCCAGAGGGGCUGAGCCUGUCCGCUGCCUGGAACAGACUGAGUGUUAUACUCGCCCCGCUCACCGCACUCGGCCUGGAAGCUUCUGGAUUGGGAAUUGGUGGUGACUUUGUGGAGGAUGAGCUGCUUGCUGCACUGGAAACAUUGCAGCAUUAUGGUUUGAACUCAGUGGUGGUGGAAUGGUUUAUGGAAGUCUUGCAGGUUGACCUUCAGAGGAAUAUUGCAUCAGAGUUUUGGGACUUUCUGACACAAAGGGAGAACAUGGUGACAGAACAACAGCGCUCAAAGCUCCUGUAUGAUGCCUUUUGUACAUUGGAUCACAGUCUAGCACCCUAUCUACACAGCCUGAAAUAUUUAGAGUCCUGGAUUGAUGCAGGACUGAUUAACAGUGUAGGACCUGGAACACUGAAAGACAAAGUCUACACCAUGAUUAAAGCUGUGUUGUUCUUUUCAACUGUUCAACCCUUCCAGGAAAUUAUACAUGAAUUUUACACUCGUGCUUUCAGCAUCUACGUACACCAAGACAAGACCCUACAGAAUGGAGAUAUCAUGAGUGAAGAUGAAGAUGAGAGUGCUGUGGAUGAUAUGGAGCUACUGAGCUGUGCUGGCUGUAGUGCAGCAAAAGAGCAGUGCUGGUGUGCCACUGCAGUGGAGCAGUUUGCAAAAGUCAAUCACGUGUUGCACUCACUGAACUUAUUAGAACGAAUCAGUGCGGACGCCAUCACUACCAUCUUGCAUAAGAUGAUAGAAGAACAUGUGGGCAGAUUGUGUCGUGGAGAGUACGAGAACUCCUUUCUCUCUCAGCUUGAGGAGUGGUUGGAGUCAAAGGUUAUUUGUUGGCUGAGCAUGGUGUUCCUGCAGAAGGCCAGUACUAAAUCAGCCUCUUCUCUGACAAACAGCACACUACAACGCUGGCGAAUACAUCUACAGUUUUUCCUUUAUCAGGUGUAUGCAAAUAUGAGGAUUGAUGAACUGUUCAGCAUUAUUCGUGAUUUCCCAGAAUCCAAGGCAGCAUUGCAGGAUCUGAAAGUUUGCCUUGAAAGGACCAAUCAGAGGCAGCAAUUGCUUUCAUCAUUAAAAACAGCCCUGGAGACCAGACUUCUCCACCCAGGUGUGAACACUGCUGACGUGAUAACUUUGUACAUAUCUGCAAUCAAGGCCCUUCGCGAGUUGGAUCCAUCCAUGGUUAUUUUGGAAGUGGUGUGUGAACCAGUCCGCAAGUAUCUAAGGACACGGGAUGACACUGUGAGACAGAUAGUAGCAGGUUUGACUGAUGAUUCAGAGGGAUCCAGUGAUCUGGCAAAUGAGCUGUCCAAAGCAGAUCCAAUCACUCUGGAGCAUGGGCACGAUAGUGAUGAUGACAUGUCUGAUCCAGAGGAUUGGCUUCCUGACCCUGUUGAUGCAGAUCCAGGUAAAUUUGGUUCCAAACGAAGAUCUUCUGACAUAAUCACUUUACUGGUCAGCAUUUAUGGAAGCAAAGAGUUGUUUAUCAAUGAAUAUCGUACACUACUGGCAGACCGAAUACUCCAUCAUUUCAGCUACAUUACCUGCAGGGAGAUCCGAAACCUGGAGUUGCUGAAGCUACGUUUUGGAGAGGCUCAGAUGCACUUCUGUGAGGUCAUGUUAAAGGAUGUAGCAGAUUCGAGACGGAUAAACAGCCACAUUCAUGAGGAGGAUCAUGAGGCUCCCUUACACCUGAAUGCAAUGAUACUGUCUGGUGAGUUCUGGCCACCACUGAAAGAGGAGAAGCUCGAACUCCCUCCUGAAGUGAAGGAAGCAAUGGAUGCUUAUACCAAAAAAUAUGAGAAAUUGAAAGCCAUGAGAUCGUUGAACUGGAAACCUCACCUAGGAAAUACUGACCUGGAGAUUGAGCUGGCAGAUCGAACAUUGUCACUGUCUGUCUCACCUGUCCAUGCUGCCAUUAUUAUGCAUUUUCAGCAGAAGAGUACCUGGACUCUGGAUGAGCUCAGUGAUGCACUUAAAGUUCCUGUCAUUGCCCUGAGAAGGAAAAUUGCUCUUUGGCAGCAGCAGGGGGUCCUGAAAGAGGAUCCCACGGACACAUUUACAGUGAUUGAGGAGGAACAGAAGGAUCAACAGGAGAAAAUGGUUCUGAUUGACAGUGACGAGGAGGGAGACUCUGCCAUGGCUUCCCAGGCGGAUCAGAAAGAGGAAGAGUUGCAGCUUUUCUGGACAUACAUCCAGGGUAUGCUGACCAAUCUUGAGAGCUUACCACUGGAACGUAUUCACACUAUGCUCAAGAUGUUUGUGAUGACAGGGCCAGUUAUGGCCGAAAUUGACAUGCAGGAGCUUCAAGCAUUCUUACAGAAGAAAGUAAAGGACCACCAGCUAGUCUAUUCUGGUGGAGUGUAUCGACUUCCCAAAUCUAACUGCUGAAUAAGGAUCCAUGCUCAGAAAGACUCGUGGAGCGGAUCCAUGUUUGAACUUGCAGCUUACUGCCUUCUGUGACCUAUUAUCCAGAGCCUUGGUAUGGAAGGAAUAUUGAUGCAACCAGCACUGCCCGCUCAGCAGUAACUACAAGAACUUUGAAAGCUGCAGGAUUUUUGUUUCUUCAUAAUCAGGAUUCACCUGGAUUCUUCUACAACCAACAUCUGAGGCAGGAAUCUGCCAUUAAUGUCCUUCGUAGUGAAUGAGUUAACAACUUAUGAUGGAUGUUAAACUACUUGUAAAUGUCCCUGAGCCCUUUGAGCUACAAAAUUCCACAGAUACAUGGGGAGUAGAUUUUCUACAGUAAAUUCACUGAUCUGAAUGUCUGUAAGGAGCCACGUCAUCUUUAUAUUCACCCCUGUGAUCACUGAGUGAGUGAUACAGAUCUAUUGGUGAUCACUGAUGUGCCAGUUGAAGUUCAGUUUGUGAAUUCUUUGUAUGUUACACUUCUUUUAGCAUCUAGUGUUUCAUUUCUGUUUAGUGAUUGCUGUCUUGUUCUUGCCCUAAAGCCAGCAGCAUAAGAACUGAUGGGUUUUGGGCAUCACCCACUUUGUGAUCACCCCGUUGAAUUGUCUUAAAUAUUUAGCACCUCUGCCUGUGAACCUUGCCUGAGCUUAAAUUGCACACAUUGAGACCAAGCAAUCAGGAGUGGCAGAUUACCCUGGAAUCCUGGCCUUCUUUUAAAUUAGAGGGGGAAAUAAUUGAACUGCCUGAGUUACCCAGGGUUUUAGUAAAGAUCAUCUUUAAAGAAUGGACCAAAGAGCCCUGAAGUCCAGUUCUUAAGUCCUGUGUAGCAAUUCUGCACUUUAAAACUUUGUGGUCUUGUAAUUAGCGCAGGGUAAUAACAAGGAAGUUACAGAUUUUCAAUAAGUGGGAACAGUUGCAGGUAGCUGUAAAAACUGACAAAGGCAGUAACUAUUGUGCCUCAGCAAGCACUCCAACUUGAGUUAAAUGUCGACAAAAGGGGACGGGGGAAUGAAAUUCCUAUCUGUUUAUUUCAGCAAUGACAUCAUGGUGUUUUUCUCUCGCUCACCUUAAAACUUGCAUUUCUUUAUUUAACAACAAUGGUAGCUUCAACCUGUAGUCCAUGGAUUCUGUUCAUUUUGGAUUUAGCAGCAACGUACAAUGAGCUUUGCAGUAUAUAGUAGCCAUUGGACUGUGUCUGACUAGGACAACAGUUACUAAACAGUAAUUUUUUUUUAUCCCUUCUUAGCUGAGGAAUCAUGAUUCCUUAUAAUCCUAAUUAAAAUAAAAAUAAUUAUUGCUUUGAGUUCAAUAGUCUUUGAGUACUGACUUGUUUGCAGAACAAUGUAGUACCUUCUCUACAAAUUUUUACUCAAAGAAUUUACAGAAAAAUAAUCAAGUACUGAAGCACAAUUCCUGACACAUUAUAAUGGAAGAUUCUUCCAAAUUGGGAUUAGAAAUAGUUUGUUAUUUCCUUUUCUAUUCAGUUCAUAGUAAUGUGUGCUGAAGAGUCAGACAACUCAAGUCCCGAAAUCUUCACUUAUAUAUGUAUCUCCUGUGUUGUGUCACACUGUCAAGAUAAGUGACCAAGCAGACCUUCAACAAGAGUCCAAACGCUCUUUUCCACACUCUAGGAUGAAGAAAUUUGUACUUACCUACACUUUAACUCCUUUUGUGAUUAUAUUCUGUGUUGUGCCAUGUUACAGUCCAGUGGAUACAUUCCAUCAUAACUCUUCAUGAUGUUGAAUUCUAUCAGAGCUCGUUUCACCUCUCAACUCUAGUGAUCUUCACUAGCCUCUCCUCAUAACUGUACAAUCUCGCACCCUGCUAACUUGCCAGAGAAUCUAUUGUGUACCUUUCUCCUUGCUUUAAUAUCCCUCCUACAAAUACUCCUACUGUGGCCUUACUAUGCUCUUGUACAAGUUUAAAUAUUGCCAAAUAAAAUCUGAAAAUGUUG